CGCGCGUUCUCGGCAUUCAGUCCCCCCUCGCCAACAAAACAACAAAGAAACGUCUCGUUCGUUUGUCGACGUUUUGUUGUCUACAAAUUUUACUACGCAAAAAGUUCGCGAAGAUAUAUUUGAAAAGUGUUAAAUAAACAACGAAACAGUAUUUUAUUGUGUUGUGAUCACGUACAACGUGAGAAUGGCGACGAAAAAGCUAAAUACCAUCGAAGAUUUGAGCGAAUCAUGGGUCGAACUGAACUCCGGCAACGGCCUCGCCGCCGUCGAGAACGAGUAUAUCAGAUUGCUAAGGGAGGCGCAACGCGAGAGCCGGGACUCCUCAGUAAGGCACUCACGGGCCUCCAGCGUCAAAGGAAGCCCAAAAUCGCCUCCCAACAGCCCUAACCUUGAACCCUCCACUGAAGAUGAGCUGAAGGGCGUCUACAUCAACUGCUGGAGGGAUGAGUCCAACGACUGGGUGUGGGAAUGGAGCAGUCGACCCGACCAGCUGCCGCCAAAGGACUGGCGGUUCAAGCACCCGGUGUCGGGACGCGGCCCGCCCUCGGCCACCUCCUCAAUCGAAGUGCUGGAGCAGCAGCUCACCGCGCCCGCCAUGACACAGAGCCAUCUGCUGUCGGUGCGUCGCGCCUGCCUAUGGAGCCGCCGCGCCGUGGCCGCCGUUCUGGUCACCAACGUGCUCAGUCUGCUGCUGGGGGCCGGCAUAGGGGUGUGGCUCAGCAAGCGAGGCAUGCUGCCGCCGAGACUCAUCAUCCUCAAUUAGAAAGACUGACGCAGGAAGACGGCCGGCCGCGGCACCCUGUCCAUAUGUGGAGUGUUACAAGAAAAAAAAAUACCGCUGCCGAUAAUACUGGCAUACAUCAUAUCCUUACAUAAAAAUGUAUGAAACCAUCGCCAUAAACGACUCGAAAUAAAAAAAAAUUACGUGCGAAUACAGAAACUUUUCCCUUGUCUAUGGCGUGCUACUAUUAGAUUUUUUAAAUUAGAGAUUGCAAAAUGACAGCUGCUAAUGUCACCUGGAAUAAUAAUAUUGCCAUGUUUGUUGUCUAGUGAUGUACCAAACACAUGGUGGUAUCUCAAAUUGACUCCUUAAACUCCUUACGCUUCCUUUUCAGUCAAAAUUAAAAAAUAAACCUCUUUAUAUAGCGGUUACACACGCCCACUUUAACGACGCAAGCGCGCGACUGCAUCGGUACAAAAAAGCGAUUGAACGUAUAUAAACGCGUCGCCUAAGUCGCCGUGUGUAACCACCGAUACAACAAUAUCGUAACAUUUUUUAAUAAUUAACAAAAUAUAAUUAAAACUAACUGUAAGAGCAAUUUUUAUACGAUUCCACUAAGUCCCAAUUGUAGUAUGGCUAUAAGGAAAAAGAAGUGUCCAGUCGGCCGUUAGAUUGUGUGUAUUAAGUUAAGUUUUUAAAUAAAAUGUGAUAGUUUGAAUUUAACAUUACGAUUAGUGUUGCACAGGGUAAAAGGAAAAUAGAAUUUUGCGUUGUUUUAUAAUUUGGAUCUAAAUAUUUAUUUAUUGUUAAGAUAAUAACAAAUAUCAUUCCAUGAAAUUAUAGUCGCGU